AUGUCGAAACAUCGAAAAGGUCGAGCAUCGAUGGAUUUAACACCCAAAGAAAUUGCAGCGUUAUUACAAGCAUCUCGAAUAACUGAAGAAGAAAUUCAGCACUGGCAUUCAGAUUUUCUUCAUCAAAAUCCAUCAGGAGAAUUGGAUAAAAAAACAUUCAUUGACUAUUAUAAAAAACUGCAUCCACAGCAUGAGCUGAGUACGUCAUUUGAUCAAAUAUUUGAUACAAUCGAUGUAAAUCGUGAUGGUUUAAUUGAUUUCAACGAAUUUCUUGUUGUUGUCGUUUUAAUGGACCGUCUGAAUGAUUUAGGUUCACGUCUAUCCUUCGUUUUUGAUAUGUGGGAUCAGUCGGGCGAUGAACAGAUCGAUCAAAAAGAAUUAGCAAAUGUUAUAUCCGCGAUUUACGAUCGAGCUGGUGUUAUCGAUCGAAAGGGUGAACGAGAUCCAAAACGACGAGCGAAAGACAUCAUUGCUAAGUUAGAUCUCAGCGGUGAUAAGAAAUUGAGCAAAGAUGAAUUCAUUACUGGAUGUAAAACCGAUCCAGUUAUUCGUAACUUACUUGCUCCGAACUUUUAA